GCGGCCGGGAGAUUCGCCUCCCCACGCAGGGCUGGUGCUGCUCUCUUGGCCGGGGGGCUUCGUAGUAGGGCGGCGUUUUUAAAAGACGUGGGUUUUGCCUUCGAACGUUGUCCAGUAAGGGGACGCUAGGAGCGCUUGGAGCCGAGGGUCUCCGGUGGGGGCCCCGGUUACAAGGAGGGCUGGGCCCUCCCCGCCUGGCUGCGCCCAAGCAGAAGUCCGCCUGCCUUCCGAAAGGGCCUCAUUCAUUCCGAGAAACGGCUUCCAGGCUGCAAUGACCAAGCGAAGCGUUAGGCAUAUUUUAGGGCAACACCCAAGUAGGAGCCUGGACGCAGCGCUGGCAAAGAGGUCGCCAAAGGAGAAGAAAAGGCAGGACUGGGAGGUUGGGGACAGCGGGUUUCUCCUUUAGCUAGGAGAAGCCCCCUGGCUCCUUUUCUGAUCAGAUCCAGCUGCUUCCCUUCUCCCUGUAAUCCAUGGGUUUUGGAGUGCAGGGUCAGCUGUGCCCUGGGUCUGCGCUCCCCAUUUUUCUCCAGCUCCUCCCUUUUUGGUGGUGAUGAAGGAGCCUCUGGGGCCGGUGGCUGGACACCAGGGGCCGGCAGCACUUGGCUCUGGAUGUGACGCAUUGGCAUUGGCCCACGGAGGUGUUGGUUUUGAUGGGACUGCUACACUAGAGGCCCAAAAUCUUGGGUGGCAAAAAUAUAAGAGAGGGUGAAGCUGGCUCAGUUUGCAUGCUGCAGGAAAUUUCUGGGGGGGAAAGGCUUGUUUGGGAUAGUUUGUUGUGCCAGUGCUAGGAAGGGAGAAUCAACCGGUUUAAAUUUGGUUUUAAGUCAUUGUUAUAAACCCCAGAACUUUUCCGCCUCUGAUGCCAAUCCAUCUUAGGUUUCAGCACACCUCCAGGCCCACGAUGAGAUUUCUGGAAGAGGCUGAGAUGCUGCAUGGGGAGGCAGGCCUUAGGGUUCCCUUGGUCUCACCUUUUCCUUGCAGAACUUACUUCUCACAACUUUUGUGAAAUUGAUGCCAAAGGUAAUUCAAGGAAAUGCUGGGACCCCCGUGAAAGUGGAGACUUGCCCAGUAGAGCCCUCCUCCAAAUGCCAGAUGACCCAAGUGCAUGUGCAGAGAAGAGUCCGAGGGGCCCAACAUGCCAGGAGUGUGGAUGGGCCACGCUUGGAUCCAUAGGAGCAACAAGUGUGCAAGUUGACCAAAAAGUAGAAGCAUCUGAUAAGGCCUGGCAGGCGGAGGAGUCAUACAAAGGAGGCGCACAGUGAGGAGAGAAACUGGAGCUGCUGGUAGAAAGGUUGGAAAGAAGGGAUUUUAAGGAGAGGAGCUUUUUGUGUCAAAAAAAAGCAUUUGUUUGCAAUGAGAGAAGGGAAUCAUAAAGAAAGCACUGAAUUUCCAAAGUUCUCACUUUCAGGCACACCUCUUCACAUAAAUCUGGCAUGCCCCUCACAUUCCCACCAGGUGGGCAGGAGGGUACAGAGGCAGGGUCCUCCUUUUUAAAUGCUUCCAAAGGGACCUCAGGGAGGCCUGCAAAAUGGCACCAAUAAUCGGUGUCGGUUGAGGGAACCAGCCGAGUUGUCAUCAGGUCUGAAAAGAGAACUAGAUAUUUUGACCCUGACAAAACCUCUUCUGGAGAAAAGUAUUUGCUCAGAAAAUGAGGUUAGAUUCCAAAAAGGUAAUCAUUUAUGGAACACCCACAGUGGACUUUGUGAAGUGAAGGCUACAGCCAGUGUCCACCACUCAUUUCCUUGCAGGCUGAUCUCUAUUUACAGGCAAAUCUAUUUCUCCUGCAAAUCCUGCUAUAAGGACAACUGUGGCGGGACUAUCCAGAAACCAAAGUUACAGUGGAUAUACAUUUCUAUGAAUAAAAUUCAGAAAGGACAAGAAGUAGAGAUCUCCGAAGGUAUAAAACAGAAUGAGAGCAAAAAUGGAAAGUGGAAUAAAUGUGGGGAAACAGACAUUUUCUUAGAGCCAGUAUCUCUCGACCUCUAAAAAGCAAUAAAACAAUGUGUGUGGCUGGUUCUAUGUGGAUUUGAAAGCCGAGUCUUUGACUAAGUGAAAGAAAGGAAACGGGGGGGGGGGGAAUUGGGGCCGUGGCCUAAACGCAGCUCAGAGAGCAAUGGAAGGAAAUGACAGAAUAGGUAGGAGAUGGAGUCCGAGAGGAAUUGGGGAAAAUGUAGAAAGCGAAGGAAAAGAAGAGAACUUGCUCUGGGUCAACUUCAUCUGAAGACUGGCAGGAGAAGUGACUGGUUUGCGAUUGCACAAAGUGAGGGAACUGGGUGGGCUAGCCGGGCACUGCCAGAGCAAGGGGCUAAGGAGAAGACAGGGUCUUUCUUAUUCUUCCAAGAGAAUGGGUUGAUAAUUGAGGAAGGAGGGAAGGGCUUUUGUAAUGCCAGGAGCUUUGCAAAGGUAGUAAGAGGAGAGGAGAGAAAAAUGGCAGAGGAAAGAGUAACAACAGUUGGGGAUAGGCUAGAGGCUGCGCAGGAGGAGCUGCAAAGGAGAAGUGCACCCGAAGCCCUUUGAAGGCCAAAUCGCAUUUCCCCUGCCAGAGGAGAGCUCUGCAUGGGAUCCAUUUCAGGCCGUUUGCAAAAUAGAGCCUGAGCUGAAGGGAGCCCCUGCGGAGGAAGGCUUGGCUUGGCUCAGCUCGCAGGCUUGGACACAAACCAGCCAUUGUCUUUGAAAACCGAAGCUGCCUGUGGAAAUUUCUCUCGGCUCCCAGUUGUAGCUCAGCCAGAGCUUUGUCGGGGCUUCUCUCAAAGGCCGCUGGCUUGCUUUUCUUGGUUUAGGGAGGAGUUCAACCUGGAUUGUGAACUGUUUUGUUUUGGAGGUUCUUCAGCAUAAUUGCAGCCGACUUAAAGGGGAAACGAAGAGAAGAUGCAGCUGUGAAUUGUGUGUGAAGCUUGUUAGUCCUUGGGACUGAGAUGGAGCUUCCAUUCUGGGCCCAAAGCCCAGGAAGCUCUGCAAACCGAACAUCUUCUGGGAGCUCCUGCCGCUCCACAAAUGAGUCCAGGUCCCCCUUCAUGGUGUAUUUCAGAGACCCUCACUGCCGCUUUAGAUGAGGAUCUGUUUUAAGGACAUCUUGGAUGGAUUGUAGGAGAACAGAAUGCAUUUCCAGCUCCUCUGCCUUCUGGACUCCUUCAGGGAUGGGCUGGAACAGUCUGCUCCAGAAGGGGUCUGGAGAACUGGUCCUGUCUGGGCAGUCAGUCUGGCCUGCUGCUUUUGCGUAAGCAACACAAGGUCAGCCUGUGACCGACCCCUCUUUGGUGGAGGACAGAUCCAGUUUCUGCAGGGAGGUUUGUGAGGGCCACAGCAAACCAGGCAGGUUUGUGCCCAGCAGGCCUUGGCUCUGGCUACCCGGGGUCCGGCCCCAGGACAGUCCCCUACCACCACGAUAUGAAAGCUCCCCUGGAGUCCAGCCUGGGAGGCUCACCAGCCAAUCCAGCCCAGCCUUGGCACUAAACCGCCAACCCACAAGGAGCUCCUCCCCCCAAGUAAGGCGCCCCUUUGCCCCGUGCAUUGAGGGGUUCCAUUUCAGGCAAGGAAGGGAUCCUCUUUCCUGACUCCUCUCUUCACCGAACCAGCCCUCCCUUUAGCACCCAUGGGUGUCCUCUGCCUUCUCAGCUUUACCCCUGCUGAUGGAGGGGGGACUUUCUAGAGGGGGGGAGUAACAAGUGCAAGAAGGGGAAUUGGUUUUGGUUUCCCUUCCAGUCUCCCCCUUUCCCUGGAUGCCUGCCAAGGCCCGCCUGUCCGGAGCGUCCCUUCCCACAAGGGAGGAUAAAGAGGCCGAUUGUCCGAGCUUGGAGACAAUCGGAGCAGGCAGCCUGGCCGCUGGCCAUGCUGGUUCAGCCGGGGAGACACUUUGGCCCCAGCUAUGCCAUUGGGCGGCCGUGCAGCAAACCCAGUGAAGCAGCCCAAUGACAACGCUGAGGGAUUUGCCCUCGGGACUUGCUGGCACCGAACGAGCGUUCCCUCCGGCCUCUUAUUGGUGUGCCCGGGGCUCGGCUCAAACACAGGAGGCUGCCCCACCAGGCAAGCUGGGCUCCGGAGUUUGGGUGCUUUUUUCCUUCCUCGGUUGCAGCCACAUUCCUGGGUGCCCAAAGGUCCAGGAGUGACUGCGGAGCCGAGAGAGCUGAACCACCAGUUGCUCCAGGGAAGGCGAGGAGGGUGGCAGCAGCUGGAUGGCUCUGCCAACCCAGCUCUGUUUUGCAAGGCAGCCCCAGAGAAAAAGCAGUGGAGAGGCCGGGGGAGGAUCCUGCUCUGAGUUUUGGCUCCAAACGGGCAUCUGAAGAGCCUUUAAAGCAGCCUUGAGCCUCUAGGGAAAAGGGUUCAAAGCAGCAUACUUGGAUCAAGUAUCACUGAGCUUGAAAACACUCUCAGAACUGGAGUGUGUCUUUUGUGAAACGUCUCUUCCAGUCCCAGCUUUCUUUAGGAGGGCAACAGCUGUGCAGAGGGAAAGGGGGGAGGGUCUCUGGAAUCUGCAUCUUUCCUCUUUUUAGGGAUACCAUAAAGGGUCCUGGCUGGGGGUACCUAAUUGGAGGAGCUCCAGGUCAGUAAAAAUGUGAUAAUAAGUAACUUCCAGCUGGGCACUGAAUUCAGUGAAACUGGCCUGCGUGAUUCAUAACCCGUCCGGGGAAGCUUCCCACCCAGCAGAAGCAAGAUGGGCACCCUGGUUGCUGAAGGAAGAGAAAACGCGGCUUGUGCCAAGAGCUUGAAGGGUGGUGGAGUCUCACAGGCUGCGCCUGGAACGAUCCAGGUAUCCUAGCUAGGAGAUGGAUUUAAGGAUUUGGGUUUAUAUGCUGAUGUUGUUUUCUUAGAACUGUUAUCGUUUUAAGGACAUGUCUCUGCGCCAAUUACAGCAUAGAAUCAAAACAGCGUUAAGCCCACAAAAUCAAUGAAAAAACGAUAACAUGUUAAGAGGGGGCAAAUCAUCUGAUAUUAUUGGUAGAAUCUGUUCAACCUGCAUUUAGCUGGUUAUCCCUAAUUACCUGUCUCUUUGCUAGACUUGGUCUACUUCAGUCACCAGUACAGACUGUUUCUUAUACCCCAGCUUCAAAAUAUGUUCUGAUCAUCUUUAGAGGUUUCUGUGGAUUCCAGAGGAUGUGAGGUCUGGCCUGGUGUGAUUAGAUGUAGGCCUUGUUUCCUGGCUAUCUUUUCUGAUAAUUCUUGGAAGCUGGACUGCUGAAGUGAGUUGUGAAUAUGUGGAAUAAACAAGUAGAAUUCAUCUGAAAAUGGCUUGAAGGUCCGGGAGGAAGCGCAGAGCUGAGACAAGCCAGCAGACUUCAUUUCCUGCCAAUGGCCCACCUGGGUCUCCUUUCCCCUCAUCCAGCUGAAACUGGGGGUCCAAGGUGAUCUGGAGCUCAGCCUUCUCACAGGCAGAAGAGGAUUCCCAAUGGCAAACCCUGAUAUGGGGAGUGGGGCUGGGCUGCACGUCAAACAGCAGGGUCAGAGGGGCAGCCUUGCCCAUGGCUAGCCUUGGAAGCAGCCAGCCAAAGGUCAGCCAAGAAGGUGGACCAGGCUUUGGGGUUGGGAAACUCGGGCGUGGAACAGAAUUGAGGCAUUGGGAAUUGAGGCCCAGCAGAAAAGCAGAAUUCCUGAUCUGGGUUUAGCAAGGAGGCAGCAGCUGAUGAAGGGGCAGGGAGGUGGGCAGGCAGCAGGUGGCCCAGUUCUUUUGGCUGCUUAAGGCCUGGGAGGGAAUGGCCUUUUAGAGCUGGGACAUAGCCUGGAUCUAAUGCCCAUUUUCUGCAAGACCGGCAGGCCUGUGCAUGAUUCGUAAUCUCUCCCCCAAGCCCAGCCUGACAUCACAGAUGAGUUCUCCAGAAAAGGUAUGUUAGAGAUGCAAAAUGUCAGCAUUAGGACAUCCGUUGCAUUUGGGAAAGCACCAGGUGCCAACUGGAAGUUUCCUGACUCUGAGCCAGAAGCUGAGGCAUCAGAAAGAAGGCCAGAUUAAUGUUUGUCUGCAUUUAGGCACCAACGAUAUUCAUCAAAAUGGGGGCUUCCAGAGGGUUGCAGCUCCUUCUGACAGGAGACAAUCCAAAGCAAAGUAUUUAUUGCCAAGAGAUGAACUGAAAUAUUAAUGAAAGGUGGUGGAGUAACUGAUGCAAAACACCAUGAAAAUCAGGCCUGGAACUGAAGAGAGUAGGAAGCACAGCACAUCCUGGGCUUUGCCUGGCGCCCGGGUGACACAAACAGCAUUUAGGCGGCGGCUGCUGUACCAGCCGGGCACCCUGUAGGAGAGCAUUCCAGAGCGGGGCGGCUGCUGCCGGCCGGCUCUCCUCUUCCUGUGCUUCCUGUAGCUGGAGGAUCAAAGCGGGAGUUGGCAAGCAGGGAACCCCCUGGCUAUGCAGAGGGCAGGAGGAAGGGAGGGUGCUGCUGCCAGGGCCUAUAGAAAGAGAGGGCCUGACGAAGCUGGGGUGCCACUGAGCUCCACCUGCAUCACACGGCCAUUCGUCAGGGCGCCUUCGGACAGCUAAGAAGGCUUCUCCCUGGGCAAGGUCACGGCCUCACUUCUUCCUCUCUGCUUUUUUCAUAGCUUUGAUUUGUGAAUUAUGAAGUCCUCUCCCAAUGGUUUCCGGCAACGGGACCAUGUGACUCCCCCCAAGUUGGCAAGACAGGAGAGCCCAAAGAAUCCACCGAAUGCCAAGGCCGGGUCUUACGGAGUCACCAUCCGGGUCCAAGGGAUCGAUGGCCAUCCGUAUCUCGUGCUCAACAACAAUGAGGGAUGCUUGUCAGCAAAUCUCUUGGGGCCUGAAAACAGCCAACAGAUUGCAGCUGAUCAGCCAGCGCCAGAUGCCACUCUUCCUGCCAUUGAACUCGUCAAGAAAAGCCACGAAGGAAGGUCCUUUGGCGGGCUUUGGGAUAAUGCACCACCCAGUUGGAUUAAAAGCCUGAACCAAGCCAGCAGGGCAGAGGGAAAGGAAACAGCCUCACCUUUUAAAGCAGAGAUUUCCCAGGUCUCUAAUUUGCUGAACUUUCAGAAAUAUCCAGAGCUGCUUCAACCCUAUAAUCCUGCAAACAGUAUCUUGACUCUGAAGGACCUUCAGCCUUGCCUGCUGAGCAAAUCCCAAUCUCUUGAGGAUGAAGAAAAAUUGGAUUCCAAGCCUUGGAACUCGUCUUUGAAGGUAGCGUUAGGUGGCUCAACUUCCCAAUUUGUAGAACUGAGUAAAUCAAAACUGAAAAUGGUGGACUUGACUAAGCCUGACCAGAACAAGCAGCAGCAGCUGGAAAGCCCCAGUGUUGCUGACCGUCCUGGUGGAAGGCUUGAGUGGCUCACUUCUGGGGCUGGAUCUUCACCUGCUGGGAGUUCCUCUACCUGCCCCGGUCCUAGGAGGUGCAGACCAGACCUCCUCCCUUUCCGCCAGCCAGACUCGGCAGGAGCAGCCUUGAAUGGUUCCCAGAAAUCUUCAUCUUCAUCCACUACUCCAACGUCUGCUGCCUCUGUGUCCAGGUUUUUCCUAGAUGACCAAGAAUAUGCCAUCUAUGCCGACCACGUCAACCGGCAUGAAAACCGGCGGUAUAUCCCAUUCUUGCCUGGAACCGGCCGUGAUAUUGAUACUGGCUCCAUUCCUGCAGUUGAGGAGCUGAUUGAAAAGUUUGACAGGAAGGUUUGUCCCCAAAGGAGGGGAAGAUUAGGGUUUAGGACUCGAACUCUUCCAGAGAAUCAAAAGCGAUCCAAGAGCGUAGACAGCGCCCUGUCUCAUGGACUGUACUCUGAUUGCAUCGGUGAGUUCACCAAAAGCUUGGGGAGAUCAUCUGAGCAUUUGGUCCAGUCCUCUCAAGUUUGCCUGCAGAAGCCACUGUCUCCAGAGAAGAAGGCAACAUCUCUUGGGGAGCAGUUGGCCCCUCAGGCGGCAGGCAAGCUCCAGACAAGCUCAGAAAUGAGAGAGUCUCCCAGCAGCCACUUCAGUUCCUUGCAGCAUCUGAGACAAGAUCAAAUGAACCCCGAGAGUUUGCCUUCUAAGUCUUCCACUCUUCCAACGCAGCGUAAAAAAAGAGACCAUAAAACUCUGGCCUCCACUCUCUUGUUACCAGAAAGCACCAUGAGUCAGACUCACUCAAGGGAAACUUUUGCUUCCGGUUCAAAAAAUGCUCAGGUAACACCUGACCUGCUCAAGGGCCAGCAAGAACUUGCCCGACAAAGCAAUGAAGAGACGGCCAAGCAGAUUCUCUACAACUAUCUCAAGGAAGGUACCAGUGAAAACGAGGACACUACCAAGAGGAAAGUCAACUUGGUAUUUGAGAAAAUCCAGACGCUGAAGUCCAGAGCAGCCGGGAGUCCCCAGACAUCUGAUGCUUCAGUGGAAGUCAACAUGUUGGUGGAAGAGAAGAAGUGGUUGAGAAAGGAGGUUUCUGAGCUACAGAGGAAGCUGGACUUGGAACUCAAGAAUCAGCAGAACUUCAAAGCUGAAAGGCAGACAAUGGAAACAGAGCUUCAGAAGCUUCGGCAACAGCUUAAAGAAAAUAUGGAGGAGAAAGACACUUUCAGAAGGCAGCUGAAGGAAAGCGAGAAAGACCUUAGAGAAAACCUGGAGGAGCUUUUCCAAGUGAAAAUUGAACGGGAGCAGCACCAGAGGGAGAUCCGGGACUUGCAGGAUCAGCUUUCCGAGAUGCACGAUGAACUAGACAGUACAAAGCACAUGGAGGACAGCGAGAAGGAGCAACUCGUAGAGGAAUUGAUGCAAAUGAAGCAGGGCCUGCAGGAGCUGCUGGUGCUCAAAGACCAGCAAGAAAAGACCCUGAAGAAACGCGAGCGGGAGCUGGCGGCCCUGAAGGGCGUCUUGAAGGAAGAGAUGGCCAGCCAGGACCAAGAGAUGGGCCACCUCAAGGAGCAGCAUGUCCGGGAGCUCCAGAGCCUGAGAGACAGUUUGGCCAAAGCCACAGAGAGAGAGAUGCAGUCCUUGACCCACGCCAAGGAGGAAGCCUGCCAGCUGGCCUCGGCCAAGGUGUCUUUGGAAGCCCAGCUGAAGGACGCCCAGAGGAACAUCAGUCGGCUGAGGCAGGAGCAGCAGCAGCUGAUGGGCUGCCUGGAAGACGAAGCUUCCCAAAAAGAUCAGCUACAGAAGACGAAGCGCGAAUUGGAGAACGAGCUGCGGCAGCUGGAUAGAACUGUUGAAACACUGCAGAAGGAGAUGGCGGAAAUCAUUAAAGUGUCCCAGGAAUCAACCCAGCAACUCCAGAAGCAACUUGAUGAGUACAAAGAGAAGAACCAGCAGCAGUUGGUAGAUUCACAGCAGCGGCUGAAGGACAAAACCCUGGAGCUAGAAAAGGCCUACCAGACAAUCCUCAAAAUGCAAGAGCAGGUACGUUUUAUGGAGGAAGAAUUACAGGGUCACAAAAAAGCCCAAAAAGAAGCCCUCACCAAGACUCGGCUUCUGGAAGACACAGUGAAGAACUUGGAAUAUGAACUGGAAACUAAAAGCCACUUGAAAGAAGAUCGGGCAAGACAGGCCAAGAUACUGGAGGACAAGAUAUCCCAGCUGGAGUUGGAGCUCGAAGAAGAACGGAGCAAUUCCGAUAUCCUAUCUGGGAGGAUCGACAGGGGCAGAGAGCAGAUUGAGCAAAUGAGGAGUGAACUCCUUCAGGAAAGGACAACCAGGCAAGAACUGGAGGGCGACAAGACUGCCCUGGAAAGGCAGAACAAGGAGCUAAGAGGCCGGAUCCUCCACCUGGAAGGUUCUCCCAAGCCCAGCAAGGAAGGCCUCCUGGCCCAGAUGGAAGCCCACCUCCUGGCACUGGAGGAGCAGCUGGAGAGUGAGGAGAGGGACCGAGCUCACCUCCAGUUGACCAACCGCCGAUUGGAGAGGACUGUGAAGGAGCUCCUGAUGCAGGUGGAUGAUGAGCACCUCUCCUUGACUGACCAGAAAGACCAGCUCAGCCUGCGCCUGAAGGCCAUGAAGCGACAGGUGGAGGAAGCAGAGGAAGAAAUAGACAGGCUGGAGAACACCAAGAAGAAGCUUCAGAGGGACCUGGAAGAUCAAGUGGACCUCAACGACCAGCUGCAAGGACAGCUGACCACCAUCCGGCAGGAUCUCAGACGCCAGAAGACUUCCAAUAAGCUGCUGAGUGACUUUGACUAUGAGGACGAUGACUUCAGCACUGAUGGGGAGAGCCUUUUCGAUGCCCCCCUGGGGUUGAAGUCCUUCAAGCGCAGCGAUGGCAAAGCCAAGGAGGACGCCAGCCAGCCUUAAUAGCCAAGAGUCAAGGCUCCGCGGAAUCAAGGCACCACCGGCUGCAGGAAUCAGAGCAUCAGGUGACUGUGACUCCUUUUUCUGAAAUGCGCCAUGUUCAGAUUUAUUUCAGAAAUAAACUUUUGUGAACAAAAAGGAGCUGGCCUUCCAGUUCACAGAUUCAGGGAUACUUCUAGCUCUGCGUGACUGGCUGACCCUAGACUGCUCCCAACCUGAGGUCUUCUCCUUGGAAGCUGUUUCAAACCGAGGGGAGGGAGGGUGUCACUUUGUUACUAGAGCAGAGGAAGGAAUAUACAAAGCAGGAGGUAAGGAUGUAUGUUUUUGAAUCAAGAGUUUUCACAACUCUUGCAACAUUUUUGUGUAGUUUCAUGUUUCUAUAGUGCACAUUAAUAGUGCAGGAAUCUGUAUUAAGUGUCAUCAUCCAUAAGCUUUAAAACCCUAUUGCAGUAAACUCCGUUUGUUCAGCAAACAUGUUUAUGGGCUGAAGGAGAGCAGCAAGACCUUGGGUAGAUGGAAAAAGCAGGACAUUCUGCCACACCAGGAGCCAUUUCUGCUCAGAAAAACUGUUCCCCGCUCCUCGUCUCGACUUCCUCGCUCUGACUUCCAGGGAUCAGAUCGAUGGGGAGACCGUUGAUGUCCUGAUCUUGCCAUACUUUAGAAAAGAGACUUUUGUCCUGAUCUAAGCAGCCUCAGGUGCAGAGAAGCAGGGCUGAACUGGCCUGCUGGAGCCAAGUCCGCCAUUGGGUUCAGAGCUGGAACGGCUGCUUUGCUUUUCCUGGAUUGUGAUACCUGCUCCUGUGGCAGGUUAUAAAGGACUCUCUGAGAAGCACAUCAGAAAAGGCACUUCUGUUUUCUUGCCUUCUGGUUUGAAUUGUAGCUACCUGUAAGCAGCAUCCGAGUGUAAAAAUUCCUAUUGUAAUCUGCAUUUUUAUCUCUCCACCAAAUCUUUCCUCUGUUAGGACAAUCUUCAGUGAGGAAAUAAUAGUAUUAGCAGCCCUAUGCAAUUGUUCUCUUCUGCAAUUUUGUUAAAGUGUUCAAAACUGGUUAGCAUCAAAUGUUUUUUUCAGAGUCAGCACUGAAGAUAUUAAAAUUCCAACAUAAACGCAAAUCCUGGAAGCUGCACAAAUAAGUCUUGUAACGGAAGAAUGCAGUCACUUGAAAGAAAAUAUUGCUCCUAAAAAUCUUUGGCAUCUGGACUUUGUGGGUUCAUGAGUGGAACCUUAAGUAGGGUCUGCUUUGACCCCAUGACAUCCUUUGGGCUUUAGGUCCAAUGACCUCCAUUGGAAGCACCAAGAACUGCCUUCACCUCCCACCCGCAAAUUCCAAGUGCCGCCUAGUGGGAGCAGAGCCCAUAGGAGGAGGGAAAGGCAGGGUUUUGAUUUGGGCUUUGUGAACAUGUCUGCACGUAUGCCUCAAGUGCAGAGGCAGAACAUCCUCAUGUCCAGUUGACCUGUUGACGGAAGGAGGGCAGCUGGUCUUGGUGGCAAUUGACUGCUGACUGGUGGCCGCGAUGUCUUGCUCGGAUGCAUCAAGUCUUUGCGUUGCCCUGAGAGUUGGUAAAAGCAACGUUCUGCUAGCUUGCUGAGGUCAGCCUGAGCCAAGAAGAGGCAGCUUUUUGCUUGGCAGAAGACCCCCAUGGAGCCCCUUGUCCGCAUGCUGACAGCCCCUGGUUCAGCCCCGCCACCUCAGGUGGGGCAGGGGGAGCAGUCAAUCCAGCACCUUCUGUUCCUACAGGGAAGGGGGCUUGUUUCAGUUUUACAGAAUUCUAUUAACGGAAGCCACAAAGGAAGACAGGAAAUAAGCUAAAAGAUUGGAACUACUUGAUAGAUAGUUUCUGAUAGUAGCAAGUAGUUUGGACAGAUCUUGAAAACCAGAUAGUGCUAUUUUUUGUUCCAGCAGUUCUUCAUGAAUCAGAUCAUGAAGUAAUUUGUCCAAAUUGUUUGGGUAACUUUAGAGUUUGUCUCCUGCCUAGAGAGACAAGGAGUUAAUUUAACUCCUUGAUGUCAUAAUCUGAAAAUAUGUGUCAAUAUAUACUGCUCAAAAAAAUAAAGGGAACACAAGCAGAAGACAUCUGAGAUCUGAAUGAAUGAAAUAGCCUUAUUAAAUACUUUGUUCUUUACAUACAGUAGUUUAUACGCUGCUCAAACAACUAAAGGGAACACAAAACUACUGUAUGUAACAAACAAAGUAUUUAAUAAGGCUAUUUCAUUCAUUCAGAUCUCAAAUGUCUUCUGCUCGUGUUCCCUUUAUUUUUUUGAGCAGUGUAUGUUGUAAAGCAUGUGGUAUCUAUUGAUAGCUAAUAGGAAUAUAUUUGCUCUGAGAUGUACUUGUUUUUCAGCAGAUUUUCAACAGAUGUAUUCUCAGGAGGUUUGUAGUUAAUCUGAAUGAGCUGCAUUUUUCUUUAUCUGUCCAUAGCUUUUAAAAACAAGGAAGAAAUGACCUGGAAAUGUGCUUUGUUGACAAUCAAUUCAAACUCUUGUAUUUUUCUUCUGAUAUUAAGAUGCCAACUUUAUUUUAAUACUACUCUUUAUAACUCUCUUUUUGGAUCAUGUCUGAGCAAGCUGAAGACAAAAAUCCAUUGGGAAACAAAUUCACUUUUAAUAUCAAGGGCUUUUACUGGAAAAAUGUCUAGUAUAAAUUGAGACUGAGACUGUAAAUAAUUUGGAGAAAAACAGAGGAAUUUUUGCAGCUACCUCCAGACAUGCUAAACCACAAAACUCUAGUUAUUUUGAAAUAAAUGGUAAAUCUUUCUA